UGUAAGUGUCUCUCCCUGCACCUGCACACCUGCAGAUCCUGAAGUUGCACCUGCGACUUGGAACCUGAUCUUCAAAGUCUUCACCACUGGGGCUUGAACAGUGUCUGCCACUCAGUCUCAAGUGGCGCUUUCGCUGUCUAGUCGCUCUUUUCCCUUCUGCACCGCCCUCGACUCUGCUCUGGGAGCCUACCUCCUAAUUUCCGACCGGUUCUCGUCCACUUCUGCCCGGGGUCAUCAGAUCACGAGUACCACUGCAGUGUACCAGCCCGAUAACAUCGCAACCGCAACCCUCACAACUCCCGGAUCAUCUGCCUCAACUGGCUACUCGCUUUAUCUGCUCCUUCGCGACUCACAAGAGGAUGAAAUGGUCAUGAAGCCUCUGCGCGCUUCCAUCACUGCCGCCACCGCCCGAUGAUUCGAUUAUCGUCGUUGUCGCGACACUGAUCUAGCCCCCGUCAGACGAUCCUGGCCCGGCGAAACAUCGCCCAUCCCAGGAAUUUCUGCAGUCCAUCCACGCCGCGUCGAUCACCGACAAGAACACACAUCGACCAUACCCAUCCGAUUGCAUGAAACCUCCAGAUUCUACAAAUGUGACAACACUUCGCUCCGUGCCGAACAACUACAGCGUCUUUCCGCGAAAAAAGUGGGGCCAGAGGGAUCGGAGGUGGGAAAAAAGAGAAGGACCAGAAACCCAACAGAGGUAAUCAGAAAUACUUCCUAUAUCGUCGCGCGGAUAUUGCGAUUUGAUAUAUCGCUCGGUAAUUGCCCUUGAAGAUGAUGGCCCAAAGCUUCCCGCACCAUGCGGGUAUCGCUCCGGGUCAUCCUGGAAUCCCUCCAGGUCAUCCCAUGGGGAUGCAACAUCCUGGCGCCGCCCACAUGGGAGGUCAACCGGGGCCCGGUAUGAUGCAGGCGAUGCAUCCAGGCGUGUCUGCUCCUCAAGUCACUCAAGGACCCAUGGUCACUGGCAUGCCGCCCGGUGCUGGGACUCCAGCUCCAGGCCCCAUGCACAACGGUAUGGCCAUGGCCCACAUGAAUCCUCAGCAGGCCAUAUUUCAACAGCAUAACCCGCAGAUGAAUUAUGCCCAAGGGAUGUUCUCACCGCACCAACAGCAGUACAUGGCUCGCCAGCGCAUGAUGCAGCAAAUGUCCCAGGCUCAGGCACAGGGCAUGCCCGUGGGAAUGCCGAAUGCGCCCGGCUUUAAUCAAGCACAGUUGGCGCAAAUGAAGAUGGGAAUGGGCAUGCACCCACAAAUGCAGAUGAACGCCAACCAUCCUCAGAUGCAAAGCCUGCAACAUCAACACAAUCAGCAGCAGUUGAUCCGAGCUCAACAGGCCCAAGCUCAGGCGCAACAACAUGUGGCGCAGAUGGCGGCCGCUGCUCAGAACCAAAGGGCGGUCGCUCAACAAAUGCAAAUGUCACGGUCGCAGGAACAGACCACCCAGCCUCCACAAUCACAACCCCUGCCCGCUCCCCAAACACAACCUCCUCCGCAACCUACCCCGACUUCACAACCCCAAGCACAGCCAGCGCAGCCCAAACCCCAACCACCACAGCCACAGCCGGUACAGAACCAACCACAGAACCAGCCCCAGAAUCAGCCAGUGAAGACUACGGAACCGGAAGAGGAGCCUCGCGUGAAGCAGCAGCAGGAAGCGGCCGCCAAUAUGAUUCUGCCUGAGCUUCCCAAACAAGACAUGAUUGGUGGUCAAUGUAUUUUGAAACUGAUCGAGUACCAGGAUCUUCUCGCACACCCGGAACGACCAAAUGAUCUGGACUACUGGGAAGCAUUGAUUACCAGAUUCUUUUCUCCGAUCGGGUCAUUGAGACAACAGUUUUUCAACAACAAAUCCGGCGGCGACAAAUCCUUCCAGCUUCAGUUUCCAUCCCUCGCCCGCUACUAUCACUCAUAUUUUGCGAGUGGUGUCAAGCAAAUCCUGCUCCAGUCUUUUGAGCAUACCCAGACCAAGACAGCCAACGGCGGUGUCCAUAUCACAAGUAGCAGUGCGAGUUUGACGUAUGUUUUUGCCAACGAUAUUCGAGUGACCACCAACGGACAGCUGCGCGUUCUUUUUGACGAUGUUCAGUCCAUUGAGCACCUGAAUAUCAGCUCGACGGGAUGGCAAGAGUACAUUCCACGGCAUGUGUUGUUACAACCCAUGUCGCCAGAAAUGAAGCAGAGUCCCAAAAUCACAAACAAGAACCUCAAACGGACACAAGGGAAGGCAAAUGUAUCAGUAGCAGGGCCAGUCAUUCCCACCUCAGGUGUCAGUGAAUGGGGUGUCCCCCAACACAUUUCCCAAUUCUUAGAGAUUGCUGAAGUCAUGACGGCCAUGGGUCCGCUCAUGGAAUACUACCAACAACAUCCUGGAAUCUCUCCCAAAGACACGCUCCUGCGAGUCACGCAAGAGAAUGCGCAAAACAUGGCCCAGGCUAACAACACGCGGCUGAACCAGAUGGCAAGGGCCGCCAAUGGCCAAGUCAUCUUCCCCAAUCAAAUGAACCCUGGCAUGAACGGGCCAAAUAUGAUGAACUCGCCUGCCAUGGGGCAUCUUAACGUUCCUCAAGCUCAAGGGUCACCCAUGAUGGGAGGCCCAGUGCAUACACCUAGUCCGGCCCAGAAUCCCACCGCGGGAGGUGUAGCCAUGAUGCACCAAAUGAGUGCGCAGGGAUCCAAUCUCAGCGGGAGUCAAGGCCCCAGUACAAACACUAGCCCGAACGUCUCCAAUAAGAGGCGACGUGCGAGUGUGGUCAAGAUAGAGGAAGAAAACGCACAAGGAGAGGUGAACGGAGCCAACAAAGUCAAGCCAAGUCCAAAGCUCGGCGGCAAGAGGCAGAAGGGAUCUGCAUGAGCAUUCAGCCCUCGUUGGGAAUGAACCAGGUCUGAAAUAGGUCAUCUCAUUGCAAACAAUGAGGCCGUUCUAUCGCCUACCGGAGGGCCAAGGAGCUGCCUGGCCUGGAUAUCUGUGUCGGUCGAAAUUCCCUGACUGCGUGUUAUGUGAACGGAUACUCUCUAGGAGACGGUGUCAUUUUGGUUUUCUUCAAUUGCAUAUACCCCCUUGUUUGGAUUGUCUCCAAAAGGGUUCGGUGUCGGUGUUGAGAGUCGGGGAACGGAAAGAAUUUCUCGGCCUCGUUGCGGUACAGAGCUCGAUAUGUGCCGAUGAACAGACUAUAUUGCUGUCUAGACCGGGCCGCGACGACUUUUCUUUGGGAAGCUUUCGACAAAGAGGCUUGCACACGGAGAAAAUGGGCGGUUGGGCAGCUUCGACGCGAUUUUGUAUCAUUAUUUCGACUUUCUAUGUUUGUCACAGGGAAGAAUCUUGAGGCUUUAGUGGAUCUUGCCGGCCUAGGAUAUUCUGGAUAUAUGACGCUCCGACGCGACAUGGGCAUACGAGCGUGAAGAGGAGGAGGGCGAUGCAGACAUGCGGCGGCAGGCUGAACCUGAACGAAGUCGACCGACAAGGAUGAGAAAAGGUGGUGCAUGUGGAUGGACAUUGGGACUGGCGCGCAGGACGGGGGUGGUGCGACACAAGCAAGAAGGGGUGGUAUAGCGGGUGGGCGUCGGGUUGGAUAUUGAGGAUCGGGGAUUAUGUCAAUCAAGUAUCGCCGCUGCUUGCUAAUAGAACUGAGAUGUCUCUCUCUACGGGGAAGUUUCUACUUGUAUCAUGAGUCGAGUGACGGGACUAAGUAGAAUGUCCAGGGGGCGAGAAUUCAGCCUUGUAUAGAGCCAGCCUUUUCUGGCCGAGAUGCGACGGGCGAGGCUGGCUUAUGCGCAAGCAGGGUGGCACAGGGCGUUCGAGAUGAGCAGACAGUGCAACGGGGAUAGGUACUCGAUCGUAUGGUUCAUAAUUCUAUACGAGGUCAGGAUGAAAGACGUUCAGCUUUGGACAGGGGGUGGCCUCAAGACUAAA